GAAAGCAGUGGGCCAUAUAAAAGCCAGAGACAUGGUUUAGGUUUUCAACAAGAAUCUUGUCAGCUUCGAGCAGAGGACAUCUGGGGCAGCAGCAUGGAAGAUGAUUUUGCUUGCCAAGUCAAGAAAAUGGCCUUGGCCAUGGGUACAUCCCUGACGGACAAAGAUCUCGACCUGUUGCCCUCAGAAAUGAGGCACCAUGCUUCAUUCAAUUACAUCAAGUUCCUUGAAUACAUGCAGAAGUUUAUGACAUCAGACGAGAGGGAGAUUCACUUGCGUAAAGCCUUCAAAUUGCUUGACAAGGAUGACAGUGGUUUCAUUGAAUGGAAUGAAAUCAAGUACAUCUUAGCCACAGUGCCGAGUAACAUGCCAAUUGUCCCCUUGUCAGACGAAGAAGCAGAAGCUGUGAUCCAGGCAGCAGACACAGAUGGCGAUGGGAGGAUUGAUUUUCAAGAGUUCAGUGACAUGGUCACCAAGGAGAAGAUUCCCGAGAAAAAAUAGAGAAAAAUAAAUCCACCUCUUACUUCUCUGCUCAAAACUGGUGUCCUGGGCUGGGCUGGUUGUUGGGAUCUGUUGGUAUUUGUAUCUCCAAUCAUCUUUUUUUUCUUGAAGUACAUUUUUUUUUGCAGGAAGAUUUUUGGAGGGGGGGGCGCACACCUGAAGCUUGCUGAAUGACCUCCGUAGUGCCGCAGAAACAAUUCAAAGCAUGCAUUAUAUUUCUCUUUGUGGCCUCUUUUGGAACAAGCAGUUUGUUAUGAAAUGCCCUGCCCGAUCUUUUGAAUAGGUUCUUUCCUGGCUAUGUUGCAUGAGAACAGGAAUAUUUUCCUUAGCCUAUACUUGCCCGGUGGAAGACAUGUAGUUGUGGGGAAAGAACAAGGCCAGCUUUUUUUAGAACAACAAUGAACAGAAGGUCUAUCCUUCCCUAUUCUUUGCUGCAACCUGCCCCCGUCCCUAGUCUUUAUUCAUUAAAUUUACCAGUGCCCUGACUGCUCCCUUUGCCUUGAGGAUUAAAUCCUGUUUUCCUUGGCUCUGCCCUUUGGGGAAGUGGAGACCUGUUGGUGUGCAAAAUAUGCAGUGGGGACAGUUUUGGUUACAGAGAACAUGGGACUGAAUGACAUUUGGAUGAACAUGUUCUGAAACCCCACCUCCUCCUAAUGUCAUGUUUUCCUCUCCUCUAAAUCCUUUGCUGGCCUUGCAACACGGAACUAGAAAUGCUUGCGUAGGUUUUAUGCCACGAAAACAAAAUGCUCCUGAAGCAAGUAAAUGCCAUAUGUUUUAACCA